AUGCCGCCCAUCCACGAAGCGCCGAGCCUCGUGCAACAGCCGCCUCCUCCGCGGAGAGGACAGGUGCUCUCCGAGCUACAACGCCUGAAAUCCAUGCGACGACAGGCCUUAGGUGCUGAGGCGGCUGCGCUGGAUCUCUCGAUCGAGACGUUGGUCUUUGCGCUGCGGGCACCACAGGCCCCUGGAUCAUGGCAUGCCAUGGCCACAUGGGCCAAGAGCGUCGCGCUCGAAGAACUCGACGAAGGACAGAAGGAAGAGAUGCCGCCGAAGGAGUUGCACCAGGAUGGAGUUGUCUUGUCAAGUUCAGAGCGUCCAGACGAUGAGAGACAGGAAAAAUUGGAGGUUCCCACCUCAGACCCACCCGAGCCACCCGAGCCUGUGGAGCGAGCCGCGGAGUUGGCGGAGCCUGGAGAACGAGCUGCGGAGCCUGUGGAGCCUGCGGAGCGAGCUGCGGAGCGAGCUGCGGAGCCUGUGGAGCCUGAGGAACGCGCUGCGGCAGUCGAGCCACAACCUGCUGAUGAGCCGGCGAGCCACGAGAAGUGGCAUGUGGAGAAGACGCCGGAUGAAACGCAAGAGGAGAAGCCCGAGCCCGCAUCGGUGUACCCGCAGUUCUAUGCGGACCGGAGAUGCCCGCUUGAUGCUGCAAAGUCCGAGCAUCAAGAGGAGGAGUCGCCUUCCGCGGCGUCUCGGCGUUCGCGCUUGGAGACGGCGCGCAGGCACUGGGCCAGUGUUGAGCAGGAGACGGGGCACAGCUCAGCGCACGGAAACAACAAGGCCACCUACCACCCCGGGACCAACAAGAUCGGUGCGGCAGGCGUGAGUGGCAGCCCUGGGCUCAGCUACAGCGAAGCGCCGGAAGAUUUCAGGCUUUUCCAGAGCCCGGAGCGUGGACAGAUGCCUUGGCCCUCCUUUGCCACAGGCGGCGACGCCGACCUCGGGGUCGAGCCGUGGACGUGCGAUGGGAGCGCCGUGGACGAGGCCAUCUCUGGUGGAUCACGGCCAGUCACGGAGCUAGACCCUGCGAAGGAAGAGAACGAGGAGGCCCUCCGGUCGGAGGAAGGCAACGAUGACGCCAGUACCGCUUGCUGGGCACCUUCACUUUGGCGCGAGCACGAGGAACCAGAUCCUCCAGCGGAUGCGCCGGCCCAUCCGAGCACGAACGGCCGGAAUUGGCGUCCCAAAGGCGCCAAGGCGACCAUGAAAAAAGAGACGCCGUGUGUCAUCGAGCUGGACACCGAUGACGAGAAGCCCAAGCAUCGAUCUGUCGAUUGUGCUGCCCUGCGUCAGCAAAGAGACCAGUAUCGGCGCCAGGGGGACUUCGAGAAGGCCUUCAAGCUUGCGGAGCAGUUGGUUCAAGAGUUGCCCGACUUUGAUUCCAAGCUAUGCCAGGACCCAAGGCCCCCGCGUCAGGACCAGAAAGCGCUGGAGGAGCUGAAGAGCCUGCAGGUUGAAGGUCGGGAGGCGGAGUUACAAAGUUGGCUUCGCAUUGCUCGACAUUGGGCUGUGCAGCCCAACAGGAAGAAUCACUACCAGGCCUUGGGGGUUCCCAUUGAUGCAAGUGCUGCGGAGGUGAAACAAGCAUACCGCAAGACUCUUUUGCUUUGGCAUCCUGACAAGUCAGGUGGUGAUGCAGCCCGCUUUCGUGCAGCGCAGGAAGCCUGGGAGAUGCUUGGUAGUGACACCAUGCGUCGAGUUUAUGACUGUGGCGUAUUACCAAGGGGAAGGCGCGAGGGGAGUACAGCGUCCGAAGGUGCCACGCUUGGCACAUCCUUGGCACAAGGUCGGCGGCACUAUGCUGGGAGCGUGAACUACACGACGGGCAGAUCUCCGACAGGUCCAAAGGAACGGAGAGAAGCGGCAGAAGGGAACGAAGCGAAGGAGGAGGAGGAUGCGAGGCGCAGAAGCCAUUUUUCUUUGGAACGAUGCGAGGCGCAGCCGGCGCAGCAUCCCAUAUUUGGCUGA